AUGUCCGACUUGCCCAGCUCUAAUCCCCCCCAGCGGACCCUGCUCAACUUGGGGUCUCUGCCACCCAAGCAGGCCGGGUUCGGCCAAGGCCAAUUCCCGCGUACCCCCUCUCGUGUCGAUCCCAACAAUCCACCUUGGCCGGCGUACCGAGGUUAUCAUGAGUACUCCUUUGCUCAUGCCACCAUGGGCCAGCGUUUACCCACCAUCCUGGGUAAAGCGAUCGACGAUACCGUCCAGACUCUCAAUCAAGAGACCGAAGAAGACCGUAUUGUUGACCUGGUUAGUUGCAUCGAGCGUAUGGAGAACCUCAUGGACGAUCUUCAUCAGAACGCUAAAUUACGCCCCAUAAUCGAUGACGGCGAAGGUGAUAUCUCUUUGUGGAACAAGGAGAUUGCCAGAUACUUUCGCGGGAAAGAUUUCAUGAACGCGCCCUGGUUGUUUGCCGAGGCUUACAAGUACCGCCGGUUACACGAGUGCUUCAGCAUGUCCAAGUACUGGGGCUCAUAUGAUGUAUUCUUUCGUCAAAAAUCAGACACUUUUUCAAGAUCGGGAGAUGCGGUAUUCGAAUUAUCCACCCGGUUUGCGGACCCACCCAAGAUGAUCCAAGCAGAAGGCCAAGCCAAGCAAGAGCAACUCAAAUUGUUGUUUAUGGAGUUGACUCAAGUCUGUCUUUGGGGAAACGCAACCGAUCUUUCUCUUUUGAUCAAUAUGACCGAAGAUGAUAUCAAGAAGUUACAAUCGACCGGCGGGGCUCAUCUAGCAGACAGCGAAAAGAAUAUCUUAGGCAACGAUCUCCUCAAAUUGUGGGAACAUUUCUCCCAACUUAAGGGUGGAAGAGUUGAUUUCGUCCUUGACAAUGCCGGAUUCGAGCUAUACUGCGAUUGUGUUUACGCAGACUUCCUCCUACAAUCUGGCUUGGUGAACCAAGUGAGGUUCCAUGGCAAGCGAUUUGCUUGGUUUGUUUCCGACGUGACCAGACAGGAUUGGAGCUGGCUCUUAAACUCCAUGGUGUAUGGACAUCUGUUUACUGAUAGGACUGAGGACGAACUGGCUAGUCUCAAGAGACUCGGGGACAGAUGGAAGCAAUACGAGAAGGAAGGAAAAUGGAUAUAUGAGCAGCAUCCCUUUUGGUGCACAGGAUACACUUUUAUUUUCAAGGGGGACUUGAAUCAUCGCAAAUUGACUUACGAUUGCCACGCCCCCGUGGCAACUCCGUUCGACGUGGCCAUCGGGCCUUUGGCUUCCGAGGCCGGCGCCCCGCCGGUUGCCAGCCUCAGGACAAUCAAGUCAGAUGUAGUUGUAGGAAUUACCGACGCUGAUGCCUCUCGCUUAGACAAGGAAGAACCAGGCUGGAAGAUCAGUGGCAAAUAUGCCGUUGUGUUGUUGUCUGCAGGGCAGCCUGGCCAGCCCGUCCAAUUCUCAUGA